AUGGAGCCGCAAUCCUGGAGCUGGAGCUCCGCGACGAGGAAUAACGCUACACAAGAUGGUGAAACGCGACAACGGACCACCACUUCUUCGCAACCGCGAGCUGAGAACAGUAGUCACUACGGCCCUCGCACUUGUCGAAUCUGCCUCGAUACUGUCGAGCCGCAGUAUGCCGACGCGUCACAAACUGGGCGACCGACGUAUGUUUCUGAAGACCCGGCCCUGGGCCGAUUGUUGUCGCCCUGCAAGUGCAAAGGAACGCAGAAAUACGUCCACCAAGGCUGCUUGCACGCCUGGCGAGCUUCCAAUCCGUUGCAAGAACGGAAUUUCUGGCACUGUCCGACAUGUGGCUACAAAUACAAGCUCACAAGACUAGAUUGGGCGUCGCUUCUCAGCAGCAAGCUUACACAAGCCCUCCUCACCCUACUACUGUUUGCAUUUGGCAUUUUUAUCCUCGGCUUCAUCGCCGAUCCAGCAUUCAACUUAUGGCUCGACCCCUUUGGCACCAUCGGCGACGCAUUAACCGCAGACGAAGACCACUGGGAUGUGCCUUUCGAAGAUCCACCAACGUGGAUUGAACACUUCGUCAAGGGCUUCUUCUCUCUAGGAAUUGUCGGCCUGGUCAAAUCGAUGCUGUUCAUGUCACCGUGGCAUUGGUGGCAGCUACGAGGGACCGGCGUUGGCGGCGGUGGUCGACGCCGUGGCACGGGCCGCGGUCGUGUUGAAAACCUCAGUCUUUUGUUUGUACUCCUGGGCGCAUUUGCUGCUUUGAAAGGCAUCUGGAAACUGGUUCGGUCCCUGAGCGCCCGCGUGCUAUUGGACAUGCGAGACAGAGUCAUUGAUGUGGACGAAGACUAA